AUGGCGCAGCCCAAGAAGUCCUGGGCAGAUUUACAGGACGAGGAUGAAGAGUGGCAGGAGUUGGACCGCCGAACCUUUCCGCCAGCGCCAGCGCCGGAGGAGACAGAGGAGACACCGGAGCAGUUCUUGUCCGAUGAAUGGGAAGCGCGCAUGUGGUACCAGGCCGAGGUCCAUGCACCGAGGCCGUUCCACAUCCCGCAGCUGGAGACAGACUUGGAGGCCGUCGUGGAGGAGCCUGAGCAAGAGGAUCAUUUCCUCAUUUUCUAUGAAAUUAUAUCCACAGAGAUUGUCGAGGAGCCUGAGCAAGACGAUGACGAUAAAAGCGCGCAGAUGGUUCCGAAACAAGCUUUCUGGGGCGAGGUGGCUGCGUACAUGCAAAAGCUUGGCAAGGCUUGUGAUGCGCUUUGGUGGUUCUGCCCGAGCUCGGACUGCCGUGAAGGCUUCUGCCGGCAAGGCCCAAGCUCAUGGAACCUCAAGAAGGCGUGCCUAAACGAUGAGCUCUUGCCCACUGCGUCGCAAAAUCUCCUGCUUAGGUUGCAGGCCGAGAGCAUCUUAGACCAAGGCUUCUGCCAGCAACGCUGGCGCAAUUGGCGCCUCAAGAAGACGCGUCAAGUGGAUGAGUUGUCACGUUCUGGCGUGGUGGUUCUGCCCGAAGCUUCUGCCAGCAACGCCGGCGCAAUUGGCAACUCAAGAAGACGCGUCAAGUGGAUGAGUUUUCACGUUCUGGCGUGGUGGUUCUGCCCGAAGUCUGGCUACCGUGAAGGCUUCUGCCAGCAACGCCGGCGCAAUUGGCGCCUCAAGAAGACGCGUCAAGUGGAUGAGUUUUCACGUUCUGGCGUGGUUGUUCUGCCCGAAGUCUGUCUGGCUACCGUGAAGGCUUCUGCCAGCAACGCCGGCGCAAUUGGCGCCUCAAGAAGACGCGUCAAGUGGAUGAGUUGUCACGUUCUGGCGUGGUGGUCCUGCCCGAAGUCUGGCUACCGUGAAGGCUUCUGCCAGCAACGCCGGCGCAAUUGGCGCCUCAAGAAGACGCGCUUCUGGCAGCAACGCCGGCGCAAUUGGCGCCUCAAGAAGACGCGUCAAGUGGAUGAGUUUUCACGUUCUGGCGUGGUGGUUCUGCCCGUGAAGGCUUCUGCCAGAAAACGUCCACGCAGUCGGGUGCGCCUCAAGAAGAAGGCGGGCCAAGAGCAUGACCUCUGUUCUGGCGUGGUGGUUCUGCCCGAGCGUUGGAGCCAGGAAGAUAGCGCUGCUGUUUGGAGACUGAUGCGGCAAUGUUUACUGACCUACCCCAAAGUGGUUCUAACUUCGCGCGAAAUGUGCAAGAAGCUGGAAGAGGAGACCGAGAUCGCUAGCUGGACGGAGAACGGUGGCCUCUUUGUCGGGACGAACGCCGAGCGCCUUGCGGAGUACAAGCGCUUCGCUGAGACUGGCAAGUAUUUUGGCAUCGAGAGCCACGUCCUGUCGCCUUCCGAAGUGAAGGAAGUCCACCCACUCCUCCGGGUAGAUGACAUCUACGGGGGCGUGUACUCUCCGGGUGAUGGGACCAUCGAUCCGACGAGUAUCUGCAACGCCUACGCGAAGGCUUCGCGCAAGCUAGGAGGUGGAGUGUACGAGAACAUCGGCGUCAGCGGUAUCGAAGUCGAGGACUACCUCACCGCCGGGUCUGCGCCCGCGCGGCGCAUCAAAGCAAUCCUGACUGCCUGCGGACAGAGGAUCGAGACCCCCACGAUCGUCAAUGCUGGUGGCGCGUGGGCCAAUGAGAUUGCGGCCAUGGUAGGUGUGCAAAUACCUUUGAAGGCCAUGAAGCAUGCCAUGGUCCUGACCGAGCCCAUCGCCGGCAUGCACAGCGGUUUGCCAAACGUGCGAGACCACGACCUCAGCGUCUACUUGAAGACGCAGGGCGACUCCAUGGCCAUCGGCGGCUACGAGCAGAACCCCGAGUUCUGGCCAGACGUCGAUCCUGGGUUUGCCUUCGGGCUUUUCGAGCUGGACUACGACACCUUUGGCCAGAACCUGGCCGGACACAUGCAGCGCUGCCCAAUCAUCGAGGAGACUGGGAUCAAGUCCACGGUCUGUGGGCCGGAGUCCUUCACGCCAGACCACAAGCCCCUCAUGGGCCCGCACCCGGGUCUCCGAGGCUUCUACCACGCCUGUGGGUUCAACUCCAUGGGCUUGAUGCUCGGAGGAGGCGUGGGCCGUGAGUUGACGAAGUGGAUCUUGACCGGAUCUCCAGAAGUGGACCUCUUUAGCUUCGACUGCGCGCGCUUCCACCCGGACAGCGUGGCCAGUAGCCGCUGGGUCCGAGACCGCACCCAUGAGAGCUAUGCCAAGACCUACGCCAUCGUCUUCCCUCACGAUGAGUCCCUGGCAGGUCGAGGCAGCCGCAAGUCAGCUCUCUAUGAUGAGCUGCUGGGGCGUGGUUGUGUGUACCAGGCACGACACGGCUUCGAGCGGCCGGGCUGGUUCGUGCCGUCCUCCGGCAGCCAAGAGACCAUGGACUAUGACUUCUACGGUGCCUACGAGGAGGGCGCCUGGCGACUGGGAGAGACCGAUCACCCGGACAUUCCCAAGCACGAGAGCCAUGAGUACUUGGACCAUGUCGAGGGGGAGCUCACCUUCGAUUGGCCAGAGAGCCACGCCACCGUGGCUGACGAGUGCCGGGCCGCGCGUGAAGGAGUGGCGAUCUUCGACCAGUCCUACUUCGGCAAGUUCUACCUGAAGGGCCCAGGAGCUGACUCUGCCGUCCAGUAUCUCUGUGGCGCAGACAUGGAGGGCAAGAGGGUCGGAUCGGUGACCUACACGCCCCUCUGCAACUCCAGGGGGGGCGUCGAGGCCGACUUAACCGUCACGAAGCUGCAGAAUGCCGAGGGCCAGAGCUACUACUACUUCGCGGCGGGCGGCAACACGGCCACGAAGGAUUUGGCCUGGAUACGAAAGGUCCUAGAGGACCAGGACUUCAACGCACACAUCGAGGACCACAGUGAGUCGAUGACGCUCAUCUCGGUGCAGGGGCCCUACAGCAGGCGGCUGCUUCAGUCUCUGACCGGCUCAGACAUGAGCGAUGAGGCCUUGCCAUUCUCCGGCGCAAAGCAGCUAGAGAUCGCUGGCCACCCGCUCCUCGUUCUCCGACUCACCUUUGUCGGGGAGCUGGGAUUCGAGCUCCAUACCCCUGCAGAGUCGGCCGUGGACGUCUACCGCGCCGUGCACGCGGCGGGCGCCAAGCUGUCCGAGCUCGAAGGCAUCCCCGUGCGGGAUGCUGGGUACAGGGCCAUAGACAGCCUCUCUGCCGAGAAGAACCUCCGCCACUGGCACGCGGACCUCAGCAACCGGGACACUCCCUUAGAGGCUGGCAUUGGCUUCACCGUGCUCUCGAAGCUGAAGCGGACAGGCCCCGAAGCUCCCAAUUUCUUGGGCCGCUCCGCCCUCGAGCAGCAGAGGGAAGUUGGCCUCAAGCGGAAGCUGAUUUGCCUAGUCCUGGAGGCUGGCGACGUGCCGCUCCAUGGCGCUGAGAGCAUCUGGAGGGACGGGCAGUGCAUCGGCUACGUCCGCUCCACCGCCUACGGCCACACCCUCGGGAAGUCAAUCGCCUACGGCUACGUCGACUGCCCAGAGUCUGAGCCGAAGAUCACCAACAAGUGGCUCGAGGCAGGUGACUGGCACAUUGGCGACAAGGGUGAGAGGCACGUGGCAAAGUUGCAUCUCAAGGCACCCUUCGACCCCACGAACUCCAGAGUAAAGGGGCUUUAUCCGCCUUCAGAGCCCAUCGUCGAAGGCAGCUACGGAAAGCCCAGGACUGCAACCAUGUCUGCGCAGGCGUGA